AUGACGUCCCAAGGAACAUCCCAGAUAGCCACGAAUGACACGAUCAUCGCAUUUCACUUUUGGGACGAUGUUCCCUAUACUCGGGGAAUAUGCCUUAACGUAACCCUACGCUUCGAGGAAGUUCUGGAUACCGCAAAACUGCAUGAUUCCCUAGAGCGCCUCUUAGAAAUAGGCAACUGGAGAAAGUUAGGAGCUCGGCUUCACCAGAAUGAAUCCGGCAAACUAGAAUACCACCUCCCCCCAAAGUUUACCAAGGACCGACCAGGCGUUAUUUACACAACUGCCAACCAUCCAAAUCCCAUCUCUUCGCAUCCAAUAGCCUCGCAAAUCCCCUCGACCCAAGAAACAAACCAAAUCUCCGUCCUGGGAUGCAUGUCAAACUUCAAUUCAAUAACCAAACACAGAAAUGCCCCGAACGCAGUCGAAGACUACCUCUCCUCUGACGUGCCUCAACUCUUCAUCCACGUCGUAACCUUCACAGACACAACUUUGAUAACGGUGACAUUCCCACAUACCCUCUUCGACGCAAUGAGUCUAUCCUAUUUCCUCCAAGCCUGGACUGCAAUCCUCUCCGGGCACGAAGACCGGAUCCCCCCAUUCCUAGGCUUCGACGAAGAUAUCAUCGAGGCGAAAACGGAAUACGUCCCCGCGGAACAACACGUCCUUGCAAAAGAGACGUUUACCAAAUUCCAAAUGGGGCUUUUUGUACUCUUGCGCUGGUGGGAGAAUUACUGGUACCGGGAUGUCGAAGACAAAGUCAUCGCCAUCCCGAAUAGUUUCGUACAAAACUUGCGGGAAAGGGCUCUACAAGAACUCAGAGCUCAAUCAUCACAGUCUUCAUCUGAGGAGGUCUUCGUCAGCGAGGGGGAUAUCCUCCUAGCAUGGCUGUCUAAAACACUAGUCGCAGCUCUAAACCCAUCCCCGCAAACACCCGUCCAAAUAUCAAACGUCUUCGACACCCGCGCUAUCCUAAAUAUCUCGCAAACAGGCGCAUACACCGGCAACGCUACAAUCCCAUCCUGCACAAGCCUCAUCGCACAAUCCCUCCUUACAGAUCCACCAAGUACGACAGCCCUACACAUCCGCAACGCCCUAAACGAACAACGCGCUCCAACCCAAGUCCACGCCAUGUCGUUCCUACGCAAGAAAACGCUCCGGGAAACGGGAUACUUACCUAUCGUAGGCGAUCCGCGCCAGAUCUCGGUGACUUGUACGAAUUGGCAGCGUGCAAGGUUCUUUGAGUUGGAUUUUUUGGCGGCGAGGGUUGGUAAAGCGUGUACUGGUGUUUGCAGGCCGUCGUAUAUUAAUACUGCGGGGCCGACGCCGUUGGGCCCGCAUGUUGCGAGGAAUUUGGUUACUGUGACGGGGAGGGAUGGCGUUGGGAAUUGGUGGGUGCAGAUUCUUGCGAGAGCGGGUGCGUGGGGGAGGAUUGAGGAGGUUGUUCGUGGGUUGGAGGUUGAUGUUUAG